AACAAAUGACAACAAAAGUAAAUACAUAUUUACCGUUUUUUACAUAAAAUUUACACAAAAACAAAUUUAUCUCCCACAAAUUUCAUUAAAUUUGCAAAUAAAAAUUAUUAAAAGAUGAAUUCAUCAUUUAAAUUAUCCAAAGAUUUCCGAAUGGCUUUCAAACAAAAAUUAGAAAAUAGAUUGCAUGUCGUAAAACAAGAGCCUUUGCCAUUCAAUAUAAAACAAGAAAUACAACCCUUACAAGAAAACAGAUCCAUUAAACAAGAAUGCAUCAAAAUCGAAUCAACAAAUGAACCAUUUAUCCCAAUGAACUGGUGUACGACUGAACCCAAGCAUGAAAUAAUCAUUCCAAAAUUGGAAGACAAACGACAUGUUAGUAGAAAUGGUUACAAAUUCAAUUCCCACCAAUCAAAGCUUUUGCCACCGAAAAAGAAACGUCCGCAACAACAAAAUCGCAAACCCCAAAUCGAAAUUGCGAUCAGAGUGCAUGAAAAUUUGUCCUCAAAAGAUCCAAAUUCACUAACACAAAGGCAACUCGAUUCACUAACUUGGGCGGAAACGGUUAUAGUCAGAAGUGCGUUGCCAAGACACGAAAGACGACCGCCAGCAGAGCUACAGGGUCCAAUUGAAAUACAAGAUGACAACCCGGCAAACGACUUACUUAAUCAAGCAUUUAUACAAAACGAAACGAUUCAUGUGAUUCCAGAUACCCUCCAAUUAGCUGUUAUAAAUUCAGCUAACUCAGGGGGAAGAUAUUCAUUGGCACAAGCUCGUUUGAUUGAAAAGACUUUGAGCAAGGCUGUGAUCAAUUAUAUCCUUGAGAAUCCACGAGCCAAAUUACCGGUUUUUGGAAAGUCAGUUUAUUUUGAUGGUGUCCUAGUGUUGGACUGCAAAGAUGAAGAAUCUUAUAACUUUGCCAAAUUAAUAUUGAGUGAUAUUAAACUUUGGGAAGGGUCUAGGUUAAAAAUGGUUGAGCCAGAGAAAACACCAUUUAAUUCAAUUGGAACUUUGCAUAUUCCCGAUGUUGGUAUUGAUAAAAAUUUAGUUUUAGAUGUUCUUAAAGCUCAAAACCCUUCGGUUAAUAUGAGUAAUUGGAAGAUGUUGGGAGAGACCCAAUUUACUGGUGGUCAGAGACAAUAUUCUAUAAUGAUGUCUAAUCCACCGAUAUAUUAUCAAAGACAUAAACAGCUGAGACUUUAUUUUGGAGGAAGUGAAGUUAUACUUAAGCAUUUUGGUUGUGAAUGGCUUUGGAAUUGUAAAGUAUAAGGAAUACUUUUUGUCUUCAUUGGUGCGUUUGUUUUGGAAAAAAACGAAAAUGUAUCUGUACAAAUUUUUAUUGAAACACAAGUCUUUUACAUUCGUAGAUUUUUAUAAUAAUUGUUACAUUUCGUAACAUUUUUUUUUUUUUUUUUUGAUAAAAGGGUUUUUAUGUAAU